AUGGCUCUGGUAUCAGGCCCAGGCAGGGCCGGAGGCACCUCGUCAGACCAGGAACUGCACAUCUUAAAGCAUGUUACUUACAUCAAAAACCUGGACACUCGGAAAGAGGAGCUGGAGUACUGGCUCACCGAGCACUUACGGCUCAACGGUGUGUACUGGGGAUUGACUGCGCUCCAUCUGCUCGGUCAUCCCGAUGCUUUACCCCGUGAGGAAACCAUUGAUUUUGUGCUCUCCUGUCAGAAGGAAAAUGGCGGGUUCGGAGCUGCCCCCGGCCACGACGCACACAUGCUCUACACCGUCUCGGCGGUUCAGAUCCUGGUCACCAUUGAUGCAGUGGAUGAGCUGGAGAAGCGUGGCAGAGGGGGCAAGCAGAGAGUUGGCUCUUUCAUCGCAAGCAUGCAGAAUAACGAAGACGGCUCCUUCAUGGGAGAUCAGUGGGGUGAAACCGAUACCCGUUUCCUCUAUGGUGCACUAAAUGCACUGUCGCUCCUGGGCCUCCUAGACAUGGUCGACCUCCCCAAAGCCGUCUCCUAUGUCCAAAGUUGUGAAAACUUUGACGGGGCAUACGGAGUAACUCCUGGCGCGGAGUCCCACUCAGGCCAAGUUUUCACCUGUGUUGGGGCUUUAGCCAUCGCCGGGCGUUUGGAUCUAGUGAACAGGGACCGACUGGGGGCCUGGCUCAGUGAGCGCCAGAUCGACAAGGGUGGCUUCAACGGGCGUCCAGAGAAACUACCAGAUGCAUGUUAUGCUUGGUGGGUUGGGUCUAGUCUGGCCAUGAUUGACCGCCUCCACUGGAUAGAUGGCAAGAAGCUUGCUUCCUUCGUGCUGCAAUGCCAGGAUCCCGAAGCGGGCGGAUUUGCUGAUCGCCCUGGGAAUAUGGUUGAUGUUUACCAUACCCACUUUGGCAUCGCAGGUCUGAGUCUGCUGGGGGUGGAAGGACUGCAAGAAGUAGAUCCUAUAUACUGUAUGCCCAAAGCUGUCAUUGCACGAUGCUUCGCAAGGUGA